AAAUGGAUAGUCAUUUCUGUCCAUUACAAGAAAGAAAUCAACCUGUUUGUAGAGAGAUUUAGAUGUGCAAAAUGUAAAAGAAGAGAAUACCAAUCAAAUACCGACCAGGAGAACUACAGUAGGUUAUUUAUUUGUAAUAAUUCAAAGUGAUGCUCCAGUACAAAGCAACAAAAGAAUGUGAAGAAAAACAGCAAAAACGUAGAUACAACCAUCACCAAAGGCAGUCUGUUUUGUUUCAGUGAUGGAGAACAGGAAUUUUCUUCCGUAUUCGCCAUAUGCAGAUGGCAUUUCUCCCCAUAACCAGUCUCAGCAAAAUGAAAAUUUUGUGAAACCAGAAUAUCAAGGAUCAUGGGAAAGUAAUAUUCCCUAUACACAAGAAAGGUACCAUUCUGGACAAAACCAAUUCCUGGGAUCUGGAUAUGGAAGUAUUCCUAAUAAUUAUUAUCCUUAUCCAACACACUAUCCACAACCAGAGACUGAAUAUCGUGAAUAUGGUGCGAACAGCUCGGUAAACAUGGGAUAUCCGCCCAACUAUGGAAUGUCCGGUACUCACUAUCCAGGACCUGUACCAUUGAAUCAUACACCAAAUAGUUUCUCAACAGAUCAUUUUGUUUCCCAGUAUUAUCCAAAUACAGGUUUUAAUUAUCAAUCUCAAGUGUUCAAUAACAAUCCAUAUCUGGGACAACCCCAGGAGGACAGUUCUAACUGUGGAAAGUAUAAAACCAGCAAUAAACCUCUUGCCAAACCAUACACAAAAUCCAAUCAGCAAGAAAGCCCGUCUUUACCACCAGAUCCAUAUUAUGGUAACUGGGCAGCCAUUGUUACACCUGAGGAUUCAGGCAAAAGUGAAAAAACUGUACCUCAAACCAUUCUGAACUUUGAAAGAGACAACACAUUAAGUGACAUUGGUAAUGCAUUGCUGCAUAAUCAGAGGGUGCUGUGUGAAAAUCUUCAAGGCCUAAAUUUUGAUGAGCCAGUUGCCCAUGUUUAUUGCCCUUCUGUUUAUGCAUUUGAGACUUACAAGGAGUUUGUAAGGAAAUACUGCCGCUCUGAGAAAAAAGUCCUCUUUGUUGGGAUUAAUCCAGGACCUUGGGGAAUGGUUCAAAGUGGAGUACCUUUUGGAGAUGGAACCUUUGUCCGUGAUUGGUUAGAAAUUCAGGGGAAUAUCCUAAGACCAGCAUGGGAACAUCCAAAAAGACCCAUUCUUGGAUUAGAUUGCACAAGAUCUGAGGUCAGUGGCAAGAAACUUUGGACUCUAAUCAAGAGUUUAUGUGGACAACCAGAUAAUUUUUUCGAACACUGCUUUCUGCAUAACAUUUGCCCUCUGUCCUUCUUGUCGAAAACCGGCAGCAACAUUACACCUCCUGACAUCCUUCCUGCAGAAAAACGGAAUCAAUUGAACCAGAUUUGUGACUCUGCUCUGACCGACGUAAUUCGUCUGCUGAAAGUGGAGGUGGUCGUGGCAAUAGGUCGGUAUGUGGAGACUUGUGUGAAAAAUGUAAUGAAGAAUGGAAACUUGCAUGACUUCAGGGUCGAGUACCUUGCUCAUCCGAGUCCACUGAACCGGAAAGCAGGAAAUAGGUGGUCUGAAAUUGCUGAAGAACAGUUGAAAGAGUUUGGAGUAUUGUCAUACAUUAAAACUGGGAAUGGAGCAUCUGGAAUAAAACCGGAAUUUUCAGAAUCUGAAGCCUCUGAGCAAGACUCUUUCACAGAUAAUAGUAUCAUUGGACAAUCUCCAUCCCUGAAGACAUUUAUGGAGAAAGAGCUUCCUGCAGAGGAUAGAAAUCCAUAUUCACAAGCAACUAUUGUAAAGCAAGAACCAACCUUUGGCAUCAACUGUGUUAACCAAACACCACCAACUGGAACUUCGUAUGGGAAUCAGGAACCAAAUUUUGACUCCGUUUCUACAAGACAGUUUCCAGUAUCAUGUACGGCUAUAACAGAACAAAGUAGAUUUUCUGAAACUAGCUAUGCUGAACCUUUUUCUAGGGCAGAUUAUCUUCAACCUGAGGGAGGAUCAGUGGGACAAGGUAUACCUCCAGAAUUUGGCAUUAUAAAUCAAGGUCCACCGCCAGCGACAGGCAUUACCGAUCACAAUCCAUCCUCACAAUAUUGCUGAAUACAGCAUAUGCAUGGAAGAAUUCAAGACAUCAGUAUUGAAAGUACUGUAAACAUGGACAUUUUUUCAAUUUUUUUUUUUUACAAAACCUUCUGUGAAGGAAUUUUUUUUUGAAAAUAAGGAAAAGAUUAUCAUGUAUAAUGCAAUAAUGUGGUUUCAUGAUUCAAAUAAUAGUUCAUGUGGGAUAAAUUUUGUGUGAAGUUUCUCUGAUCGCAAUUUUUUAAAAAAUUAUUCCCAGAUGAACAUUCCAUGUUUACAGUAUGGUUGCCUCAGAAUCUAGCAUUAUUGGGAAAGGCUCAUUCUCAGAAACUUAAUGACAAAUUCUGUAAGACGUUUAAUCUUUUCCAGGUCUUUGAGCAAGGAAUUUUGUUAAGAAUAUCUUAUUAAUAUAUGCCAUUUCAUUGGUUAAUUAUGUUAUGUUUCAAUCUGCAUCACAAAACCUCUUGCAGAUAAUUCUUGUUGAGUGUAUGAUGAUGUAUUGGUAGUGGCUAUAAACCAGUAAAAAUUAAUUGUUCACCUUAAUCUUAAGGCUUUAUUUAUUAAGAAUUCCUUCUUUACCAGUGAAAGUCUUAAGUUAAUGCCAUCAGAUCAAUUGAUCUUAAAGAAUUUGUGAAAGUUUUUGUGAGAAUGACAAUUCACCUCAGGGACUAUAUGUAUUUUAUAGUUGACCAAUAAUUAUUACUAAGAUUAAUUGCAAGAUUGUGUAGAAGCAGAACAUAUAAUUACAAUGAGUAGAUGUUUUGUACAAUAAAUAAAAAUGUUGUGUAAACUAUUUAUACCCUAGUGUCAGAUAAAAAUCCUUCUCUUUGGGAAUUUUUAACAAUAGUGUGGACUUUCCAUUGCUCGCUCAGGGGGUGUCUUCAAGAUCAAAGUGGCUAUGUAGCUCUAUGUAGAGCUACAAUCUUGCAUGAUAAGUUAGCUGCUACAUAUGAAUAACAAUUGUUAAUUCAUACAUUUAAUCAUGUUCAAUAGCCCUAGUUAUCUAGCCUAGCAGCUAAGCUAGCUGCUACAAUCUUGAAUGCAGCCCUGAUGGAAUAUACUGAAUAAUAGUUUGAUAUCAAGCAUAUCAUAACAUUGUGGAAAUCCAGACUAUUCUUGCAAUUGUAAUAAAAUUCCAAACUAUUCAUGUAUUAAAUUGUAAUAAAUUUCCAAUCUAUUCAUGCAAUUGUAAUUAUAAAUCUUUGAAUGUUAUGUCUGUCAUAUGGCAAGAUUGAACCAGUGAGAUUUACUUCAUACGUGUCAUAAUUUUUACAGGACUGGUAUUCAUUACAUGUGUAAUUAAUUAAAACUUAACUUGUUAUCUCAAACUUCAAUAUCCUGAAUACCAUAGAUAUGUUGAAUUGGGUUAAAAGUCCCAACACUUUUUCUUCAUGUAUUUUGACUUCUAUAUCUCGAAUCAUUGGGUAUUUUAGAAUUUUUUUCCUCAGUCCCAUAUGGUUUGAGAUAACAAGGUUUAACUGUAUUUACCACAGAGGACAUUUUUUUCUAAUGAAACCAAUUAUGUUUUUUUGUGAAAUUCCUUGCAAAGACAUAAAAAAGUCUAUGAAAUAUAGGUUGUUGAUAAUUACAACUGGUUGUAUGUCUUAAAAGUUUUGUAGAAUUUUCAAUACGUUUAGUAGUGUAUAUAUUAUAUAUUUGAUGAAAUGUGAUUUAAAACCAAUGAUAUCCUAUGUAAUACAUUUAGCAUU